AUGACCCACCAGGCUCUGACCAAGGACGACCAAGAAGUGUUGAACGUGAUGGACCUUCGUCUGGAGUUGAACGAGGAUUUCGACCAUCUGCUGUUUUUGAGAAAGAUCGACCAGCUGGCGGAGGGAGCAGGUGUGGGAGGGGGUGCCGACCACGAGGGAGGAGGCGAGAAGACGGGACGCGUCGUGAUUGAGUACAGCGUUGAGGAGGAGGAGGAGAUCGAGGAGGAUACAUCGAGGCAGGCUCAGCACGGGGCGAGCGGCCCGGGCGGCGAUGCGAACCAGGACGAGGACUCGAGCUCGGGAUCGAGCUCCGGCUCAAGCUCGAGCGAUGAGUCGGUCGAGGACGACGGCGAGGGCGCCGAACAUAGAACGGAGCGUACGGGGGAGCACGGAGUGGCGCUCGGGGAGCGGGUGGACGAGCGAGUAGAGCUUAUCGAGCAACAGGCGACAGGGGAAACUAAGGCUGUCGAGGAGCAGGAGGGCGGAGCGGCUGCGCAGGAGGGUGGGGUCGGAGGGCAGCAGCAGGUGGUGGGCGAGGCAGCUGCGCAGGAGGGCGGGGCAGGAGGGCAGCAGCAGGAGGGCGUGGCGGCUGCGCAGGAGGGUGGGGCAGGAGUGCAGCAGCAGGAGUUUAGGGUUGCGGCUGCGCGGGUGGGUGGGUCGGGAGGGCAGGAGCAGGAGGACGGGGAGGCUGCUGAGGAGUAUCGUCGAGGAGAUGAGCGACAGGCUGCCGUAACAAGGAGUCACCGCACGGCCAGUGGCAGCGGACACGGGGCCCUUCGACCGGGUGGCCUUCGACAGCAGGCCAAUCGACAGCGAACGUUGCACCCGGAGGCCAGGUCGUCGAGAUACUGCAGAGGGUCAAGAAGGCUUGCUGCGGAUUUUCGGACGGCGUGGAAUACGAUUUCGGAGUCGUCGAAGAGCACACUGUCGCAGUGCGCCGAGGCUGUGAAGGGUGUCAUGGCGGAGAGGAAUCUGUUGGAAGGGGCACGGGCGAAGAUCGACGAGAUGAGCGGGAAGAUCAGCGAGGGGGUGGCAGCCGCCAUCACAAAAGCGAGCGAGGACACCGUCGAGAAGCAGCUCAAGCAGGUCGAGGAGCGGCUGGUUGCUGCGGUGCUGAAGGGUUUCGAGAAAGCCAUCAUGGAGGACAUGUUUUGCUCCACCCUCCCACCCGAGACCAUGAAGGAGCUGAAGGACAUUGUGAGGGAAGGCUACCAUGAAGCCAAAGCAGGGAGGCUGGAAGUCCUCACCGAAGCGAUGGCGAGAGGUUUUCAGCGCUCGGCGGGCCCGUCGACGAGGUCGCGUCAGGAGGGUGUGGGAGGGGUUCGCAGCGGGGCUGAGGCUCGAGGUCACGAGCGGUCGGUUCCUCCGUCUUCUUUGGUGGGAGGACAUGUCGGCAGCCCGGUUGGAUCCCCACCGGCGCGUGGCCGUCAUCCCGUCGCCAAGCCUGUCGAGGAAGUCAUCGUACUCGACCAGUCAGCCCUCCCGAAGACCUCCGUAGUGGCUCCGAUCGAUCCACCUGAUGCGUUUGCUUUGAUGCGGGACAUGCUGCAAGGCCUGGGGAAAACGGGUGGGAAAGGAGUGGUCGCGGGGGAGAAAAGUGGUGCCCCGAACGAGCACGUCACCUCGACCGGGAACAGAGCCCUAGGAAUGCGAGGUGCCUCUACCCCGUCAGGCGGCGGUGCGGGGAAAGGAGCGGGAGAAGCAAGCGAUGGUUUGCUGUCGAAGACUAAAGCGGCAUCAGCUGCACACGGCGGUGGUGCUGGCCUUGCUGUCGGGCUUGUGGGAAAUUGGGCGUCUUCAUCAACCCCUCCAGUUGCUCCUGACGCCGCUGCUCCGUCCCUAGGCAACGUUUGCCUUAGCGAUCCGGGCUCCCCUUCAACGUCGAAGAAGAAGCCGGCUGCGACGAAGUUGUCGAAGCGCGCUGCACACACGACAGAGAGCCUUGACGUGGUGGAGCUGGCCAGCGUCCCUGGUCAGGCGCCUAUCGAGAAGACCUCUAUUGUCGUUGCUGCUCGACAGGAAAAGGCGAAGAAGGCCAGGGUCACGGGUCACACCCCACCUCCUCGACCGGACGACCAAGGCAAGACGAGAGGCUGCAAACGUCCCUUCAAAGGACCGGGUUUCGGGUUGCGGAAGGGGAAGCUGGUUUCCGAGCAGACCGUCGGCGGGAGGAAGCGUUACCCGUCGCUGUUGGCGACGGCAAAAAAGGAAGUGAAAGCUGGAACCGAGAGGGGAAUCGCGCUAUGCGUGGCGAUUGGUAAGGUCGCGACGCUUGGCCUGAAGCACGGGAAUCUGAUUUACCCGGUCCCGAAGGGCAUGGCGACGACACCGCACAUGAUGGCCAUCGCAGCAACUGUGGCGAGCUUGUGGGCGGCCAGCAGGAAGUUGUCGAGGGAGGAUAUUAAGAAGGAUGCCCUAGCUGCCGCAAACGCGGCGAUCUACGCCCCGGAGACUGCAAAGAAGGCUUGUGUGGCUGCCAUGUCCGCACUCGUGUCCAUACUUUUGCACGUCGGCAAGACGUUCCCGGCGAAGCAGUGGCCCGAUCACCUGUAUUCGUCGGCUGUCAAAGGUCUCGGCUCGACGGACGCCAUACUGCUGCAGAUGCUGCGCGUGGCAGCACAGGUCUGUACGCAAUGGUGUUGCUGUCGAGCUGCUGCCCGCUUGCUGGAGGACGCGGGCUAUGGCAGCCUGGCUAUGCCAGAAGAAAAGAGCAAGGCGAAGCAGGACGACGAGGAUGCAGCUGAGACGGAAACGGGCGGGCAAGGGGAGUAG